AAAGAAGCACUACUGGGAUCAAGAAGUGGAUAAGACAUGUCCCCAAGUUUUUAGCUGUAAAAAUAAUAUAUUUCUUGCUAAGCUUCCUUAAAUUUUAUGCUUAAAACUUCAUACUCUUUUUCCUAAUAAAAGAUAUCUAUAUGUUCUUGAGUAUGCAGCAAGUUUGAGGAACAUUUUUUUUUUAAUCUGAAAGGAAGUUUCUUAGGAUUGUUGUUCACGAAAAUGCUAAAAGUUAAGUUUAUCAGGUUAUUUGGUGAUUGUUUUUGGUAUGAACAUAACAGUGUUCCUUUGUACACUGGUCCAGUACAUGAUGACUAUGUCCCACAAGAAGCAACUGUUAGUAGAUUGAGGAAGAAGAUGACUUGGCAAAAAAAUUGUAUUUGGUUCCAAACUCUGUUGACGGUCUAGGAAACACUUUUCUCAUUGUUCCUCUACUGGUAGCCUUUUUUUUUUUUUAAUUUACAUAACUAACAUACAGUAUAUUAUUAAUUUCAGAGGUGAAGUUCAGUGAUUCAUCAGUUGCAUAUAACACCCAGUGCUCAUCACAUCAUGUACACUCCUUAAUGCCCAUCACCCAGUUACUCCAUUCCCCCAGCAACCCUUAGUUUGUUUCCUAUGGUUAAGAGUUAUGGUUUGUCUCCCUCUCUGAUAUCAUCUUGUUUUAUUUUUCCCUUAAAUUCCACAUGUGAGUGAGAUCAUAUGAUACUGUCUUUCUCUGAUUUAUUUCCCUUAGCAUAAUACCCUCUAGUUCCAUUCACGUCUUUGGAAAUGGCAAGAUUUCGUUCUUUGAUGGCUGAGUACUAUCCUAUAGUGUGUGUGUGUGUGUGUGUGUGUGUGUGUGUGUGUUACACACACAUACCACAUCUUCAUCCAUUUGUCUGUCGAUGGACAUCUGGGCUUUUUACAUAGUUUGGUUAUUGUGGAUAUUGCUGCUAUAAACAUUGGGGUGCAGUUGCCCCUUUGGAUCACUCCAUUAGUAUCUUUGGGGUAAAUACCUAGCAACAUAAUUGAUGAGUUGUCGGGUAGCUCUAUUUUUAACUUUUAUAGGAGCCACCAUACUGUUUUCCAGAGUGGCUGCACCAGCUUACAUUCCCACCAACAGUGUUAGGGAGUUCCCCUUUCUUCCUCUGCUGGUAGCCUUAACAGUCUUCUUUCUAAUAAGGUACGGGAAGAUUUGACCAGGUAAUGUUAUAUGUAAAUUACUAACAUCUCUUAACUUUCUCCCUCCAGCAGACCAUGCUUUUUCUUGAAUAAUUUUCCUCCAGUUUUAUAAACACAGGACAUGUUAUUUGGAUAAUGAUGCCAAGGUAGCUGGAACAAAGUUGAUGAGUAUCUGAAUCAAAAAACUGAAUUUAUACCAGUACUUUAUCUGGUUGUUUUGGAUUUAUUUGGUUGCCCUUAGUAUAUUUAGCUGCUUUAAAUAUCAUAAGAGUAUGGGGACCUGGAUGGCUUAGUCGUUAAGUGUCUAUCUUCGGCUCAGGUCAUGAUCCUAAGGUCCUGGGAUUGAGCCCCGCAUCAGGUUCCCUGCUCAGCCGGAGGCCUACUCCUCCCCCUUCUUCUCCCCCUGGUUGUGUUAUCUCUCACUCUGUCUGUCUCUCUCAAAUAAAUUAAAUUUAAAAAACAAAUAAAUACCAUAAGAAUAUCCUGAACUUUUUUUAUCCUGAGUAUAGGUCCAUAGUCCUUCAGUCCUGAUGUUGUUAAAUCCUGUUGCCUAACACUCUCAUGAAGAACAGUAGACUAACCUCCAAGAAGUUGAGCACACUCUUUAGACAUAAGUGACAGAUUUCACACUUUUAAAACAUUGCCAGUUUUCAACCUAAAAUCAGUGAACCCUCGUCUGGUUAUUUCCUAAAGAAAAGUUCUGGGAAAGCUUUUUUUUUUUUUUUUUUUUUAAGAUUUUAUUUACUUAUUUGAUAGAGAGAUCACAAGCAGGCAGAGAGGAAGGCAGGUUGGGGGGGAAGCAGGCUCUCCGCUGAGCAGAGAGCCCAAAGUGGGGCUGGAUCCCAGGACCCUGAAAUCAUGACAGGAGCCAAAGGCAGAGGCUUGGGAAAGCUUUUUUGUUCCAGAUGUGUUUGUCUUUAUUUUAAAAUUCCUUGUUAAAUUUUAUUUAAAAUGUAUAAGAAUGUAGUGUACUAAAUUCUAAAAAUCAUUUUAGUACAUUUUCUUCCUUGCCAUAGUGAAAGCCAGCAAACAUAGACCAGGAGUUGUUUGUUCUCUGUUAGGAUUUGACAGUAGGCAGGAGUUAGCACAGUUGUCAUUUUGGCCGGCGUUGGCAUGCACAGCAUGCUUUUUUACAGUCAGAUACAAGUUAGAGGGGUCAAGUGGGAUUUUACAUUUCUCUAGGAGCUCCCAGAUUACAGUCUCUCUCUGGAGAUCAUGAGAGGGUGCUUAGAGUUUUUGUUCUCUAAUUUUUUUUUAAUUUAUUUAUUCAUUUUAGAGCACAUACAAGCAGGGGGAGGGAUAUCAGAAGAAUCUCAAGCAAACUCCCUGAUGAAAGAGGAUCACAUUUUAGGGCUCCCUCCUAUAUCCCCAAGAUCAUGACCUGAGCUGAAACCAAGAGCCAGAUGCCCAACUGACUGAGCCACCCAGGCACCCCUUAGAGUUUUUAAAGGAGCUUAUACUCUUUGGAGGAGCAAUUAUUUGUAGCCUAGGAAAAUAUUUUAUUUCAGUGUAAAAAUAAAGUUUUUAUCAUCUUAUUUCUCAGUUAUGUGUUGAGAUAUGAAGGAAACGUUUUCAACUGUACAGUUUGUGCUGAGGAAAAAUAAAUGACAGUAAUAUCAAGUACUGAUCUAAGUGGUAUUUAGCCCUAAAAAAAAUAAAUGUUUGAAUUGCUAUAUAUUUCAGAUCACAAUAACAUUAAUAACAUCCCUGCAUUUGUAUUGAGUGGUAACAACCAUUGCUGCAUAUUUUCCAAUCACUGGAGAACCUUCUGUGUUUGGUUCUGGAAUGUUGCCGUGGUCACAUUCUGUUGGGCAGAGAGUAGUGAACUGUGGAACCAGUGGCAAUCCAGGACACAUAGGCCUGGAACUAGGGUAUCUGAGAAUUGUGCAGUGUGUUGAAGCCACACUUGGCAUGGACCAGAAGACUCUGAAGAAGCUGGUAGAGUCCAUCAGUAAUACUGUCAAGAACUUCAAAAAAAGUGAAGUAGAGUGUCUCCUACGACUUUUUCACAGCUUGGUGGAAAGAGCUAAUGUAAGACUUAAUAACUUCGGACUAGACCGUAACGCGUUUCGAGUGAUCCUGCACAACAUAUUUGGGAUGACUGAUGAUAUGCUAAUGAACAGGGUAUUUUUUGCAUUUGACAAAGACAAUGAUAACUGCAUAAAUGCGAAAGAGUGGGUUAAAGGAUUAUCAGUGUUUCUUCGAGGGACUUUUGAAGAAAAGCUUAAGUUCUGUUUUGAAGUUUACUAUUUGAAUGGUGAUGGUUACAUUUCUCGAGAAGAGAUAUUUGACAUGUUGAAGAACAGUCUACACCAACAGUCAUCUGAAGAAGAGACGGAUGAAGGAAUAAAAGAGUUGGUAGAUAUAACACUGAAGAAAAUGGAUUAUGACAACGAUGGCAAGAUAUCUUUUGCAGACUUUGAAAAAGCAGUAAAAGAAGAAAGACUUUUGUUGGAAGUGUUUGGACCGUGUUUACCAGAAGCAAAGCUGUGUCGUCCUAGGCAUAAAUCUGUCAACUGCCUCUGAAGAAGUAGUAGCCUUCUGUGCACCAGGGCAGGCCAAUGAAUUUUUAAAAGGUUUCAUUUGUAUCUUCUGUGAAGAGUCAUUGUGCAUACAAUGCU